GAACUCUCAAAAGCUUUCUACACUUGCUUUUAUGACCAUCCUCUAAUUAAAGUUGGUGUUUUCCUUUCUUGAAGACUCCGUUGCUUUUUUCUUUUUCCCUUCCUCUUAAUCCAUGGACACAGCUCAGUGGGCACAGGUUAAACCUAUGGAAGGUUCAAAGACUCCUAUGUUGGAGAAAAGGGCAAGGCCUCAGAAAGAUCAAGCUUUGAACUGUCCAAGGUGCAAUUCAACAAAUACUAAAUUCUGUUACUACAAUAACUAUAGCCUCUCCCAGCCAAGGUACUUUUGCAAGACUUGUAGAAGGUAUUGGACUGAAGGAGGCACUAUGAGAAAUGUUCCUGUGGGUGGAGGCUCAAGAAAGAACAAGAGACCAACACCAUCUUCUACAACAACAACAACAUCAUCAACACCAUCUCCAAUAUCAUCAACAAAGAAGUUUCCUGAUCUGGCAACACAACCAUGUUUCCCUCAAUCUGGUGCUUCUCAGAACCCAAAGAUCCAUCAAGGCCAAGAUCUUAACAUAACAUAUCCACCACCAAUUGAGGACUACAAUAGCAUAUCUAAGUUUAUUGAGGUUCCUUACAACACUGAUCAAGAGAAGGCCAACACUCAUCAUCAUAACCACCUUCAAAAUCCUAGUUCCUCAUCACAAUCUUCUCACCUGAUUACUUCAUCAAAGGGUUUAAAUUCUUUCAUGCCCAUGUAUAAUUCAGCUGGGUUUCCUUUGCAAGACUUUAAGCCAGGCCUUAACUUCAGUUUAGAAGGGUUUGAAAAUGGCUAUGGUGGUUUUCAUGGGAUCCAAGAUAAUACUGGAGCAAGGAUCUUGUUUCCCGUGGAGGAUUUGAAGCAGCAACAGCUCCCAAGUAGUACUCAUGAGUUUGGGUUGAAUAGAAGUCAAGGUGAUUCAACUGGGUAUUGGAGUGGCAUGCUAGGUGGAGGAUCAUGGUAGAUAUAUUAGAGAGAAGGAAAGAUGAAAAAAAAGCUGAAAAGGGAAAAAGAAAGAUGAACAAGGGGUUGUUGUUUUAGCCUUAUGUUCUUUUAUUUUUCUUGUUUUGGUGAGUGACUGUUUGGAGUGAUCGGAACCACUAACAAAAUAGGGUACAUGGCUUCUGCUUUGGUUCUUUAAUAUCCAUUUCCAUUUUUGGUCUUCAUUUUAUAUUGG